GAUAAAAUAAUAUCAUAAUGACUAUGUAACUAUAAAACUUGUUAUCUGAAAGUAGUAUUGAACUGUGUGAGUUUAAAUCUAAUUUUCUUUUUCAACAACACAACAAUUAAAAACUGUUUAGAUAAAUUUUGGAAACAGUUAAAGGAAAAUCAUGGCUGUCCCGGGUAGAAAAGCCACCAAACAAUUUUCAUCUUCAACAAUUUCUUUGGGUUCUGAUGAAGAUCUCAAACUAUACUGCCAGCCAUGCGAUCGCGAUGGACCUAGACUUCCUGCUCAUGGUUAUUGUACAAAUUGUUCAGAGCAUUUGUGUGAAACAUGCUAUACUGUCCACAGAAGACACACAUUGUCAAGACACCAUACUUUACUAGACAAAACCAACAUGCCUCAGACUCUGUCACCUGUAACUCAAAGGCAACCAGAUAAUUUCACAAAACCAUGUCCUAAACACAACAUUGAGAUGAUUAAGUUUUACUGCCAUGAUCAUAAAGCUCUACUUUGCAGUGUCUGUGUUACACUUGAUCAUACAGCAACAUCUUGCAAUGUCAACUAUAUACCGGACAUUUCAGGCCAGACCAUCAAUAGCACAGAAUAUCAUCAUAUAUUAAAAGAUUUGAACGACAUGACUGAGAGAUCAAGCAAUAUACUUCAAGACAUGAAGAAAAUGAACGAGGUAUCAAACAAGUCUUUGACAGGAUUAUUGACAGACAUAUCGAAAUUCCGAACAAAAAUCAACCAAAGACUGGAUGAAAUGGAAAGACAAGUCAAAAAGGCUGCAAAAGUCAUCCAAGAGGACAAUAGCAAGAAUAUGAAGACUGUAGAAACAGCAUGUGGAGAUGUAUUUAAAUCAUUAAAGUUAUCCUCUGAUGUAAUUAAACAUCUCAACACUUCCAAGCAAGCCAAUGAUUUGUUCAUGGAACUUAAACGUACAGAACAGAUGAUAAAAGAAUAUGAACAGAGUGUUUCUAAGCUCUCAGAAUUUGAAGUCAAAAAAUAUAAUUUUGAACCAAAUGAGGUAAUAUCAAAUCUUCUUGAAAAAGAAAAGUCACUGGGAACAAUGAAAGGUAAAAAAUUAUCUCCUGCUUUGAAGUUAAGGCAAUGUUCACAAAUGGAUAAUAUCUGUAUAAAAACAUCACAAAAUAGAUAUGAUUGCUGGGUAACAGGAAUGACUCUCCCUACUCCCGAUCUUCUUAUCAUCACUGAUUAUAUUAAUUGUGCCAUAAAAAUGGUUGACAUCAGUAAGAAGUCUGUACUAGCUCAUCACAACUUUGAUAGUGAUCCUUGUAAUGUCACAUCAGUUUCAAAAAAUGAGGUUGCUGUCACGUUACCAUUCUAUCAAACUAUUCAGUUCUUUUCUGUUUCUAGAAAUGAUCUCAAGAAGAAGCACACUCUAAAGGUUGAUGGAAAAUGUUAUGGUAUAAGCUGUCAUAAAGAUAAGAUGGUGGUGUCAUAUAGCAAACCAGCUAAAGUUCAAAUCCUUCUUAUCAAUGGCACUAUAUUACAAACAAUAAAAAAUGAAAAUAUUUUCAAAAUUCCGCAAAAUAUUACAACAGGUGACAAUUGUAUCUUUGUAUCUGAUGUUGCAUUAAAAACAGUUACCAAGUUAAACUGGCAAUGUGAGGUGACAGGUAAAUAUGUUUGUACAGCCAGUCCUCGUGGUUUGACAAUGUCAAACGAUGGGACUGUUUUUGUUUGUUUUUGGGAUAACAAUACCAUAGAAGAGAUAUCAGGAGACAGUACUGAAGGACUGGAUGUUGUAAAGAAUAUACAAAACCCUCUAGCUGUUUAUUGGUCUGCUGAAACAUGUAAAUUGUACACAAACAGCUGUUUUUUAACAGAAAAGAACUUUAUCAAACUCUUCAAACUGUCUAAAUAAUGACAGAAAUCUUUCUCUUCAAAGACAGAUAUAAUAUUAACAAUUGUAUGGGGAUUAACUUUUGUAUGAUGCUUAUUAUUGGUACUUUUGAACUAUUAAGAACUGGUGACGGUUUUAUUUACAGUACCUCUGUAAACAAUAAACUAUUUCUCACUGGAGUCAAUUACAAUAUUAAAGUUGCAAUCAUGCGGGUUGGUAAAGCACAAACA